AGAACAUUCAUCGCGUCGUCGUCGUCGCCGUCGUGUCUACUAACUGGAACUGUUCGUCGUAUAGUUUUAGGAGUACAAUAAAUGCCAUUCUUUCUGUAUUUCAACAUGAAAUACACAUGUGAAUGAUCUGAAUAUAGAACUGCUUCGUAAAAAAAUGUCAACGUCGGUUUAUUUCUUCAGAGCACCCGCCGAAGCUGUGCUUGGCCGUCGUGUCCGCUGCUCCCUUGACGCCACAGGAACAUCACCCGCAAGGAAAAAAAUAGAUCGGAACAAGUACACCAGCUACAGCUUCCACGUCAAAAUGAGAAAUAUCGCCGCGGCCGGGGGGAAGCCAAACAAGACAAGGGGCCCAACGAAGAAAAAUUCCCUGUUCCACGAGGUGCCUCCCGUAGUACAGCAGCGGAAGAAAACUAAACCACGGCGGCGACCACUACUUCAUCUACGCGCGGUCGCUUUCAUCUCCAUGGCGUUCUGUGUAGCUGUUUUUGCACUCAUUCUUCUGCAAGGUCGAUUUUAUUUGCCAGUACAGUAUCACCACGACAAGGACAAUGUUGUUGAGCUGCACGCAAAGACCUCUUCACGAAGAUCCACGCACAUUCACUCCCCCACCUUCUUUGCCUACGCAUCCCCGGCUCCCGCAACCAACGCGGAAUUGGUUCAGCUUGGAGAAAAGUUCCGAGAACGCUGCAUUACCUGUCAAGCAAAGUCGAAGCUUUUAGCCGGUAUAGAAAAUUUAAAUUUUGUGCUGCGCCACUUCGAUUGCUGUUUUGGUUUCUAAUGCGUAGUAAAACAUGACAAGACAGAAUUUUGAAAAAAAAAACCAGUGUCCAAGCGCCUGCCAGACCGGCAUUCUUGGAUCUCGAGAAUGAACAAAGCCGCGAAGAUCUGCGUCGUAUCAACUGCAAAUAUGUCUGGGUCUGGGAGAUUGUGAGACUUGUCAUGCUAGUCUGGCAUGACUCUGAACUCUGUAUUGCGUGGCCGCGAAGAGCUCCUCUUGACUGUGAUGCAAAAAUGGAGUCUCUCAUGCGGAAUACGCAACCCAGAACCACCACGGAAAAACUUGUCAUGCUUGGCAGCGUAUUGCAGUGUGUUAAGUAUUUUUGCCUUCCUUGCAUCACAACUUUGUUCCAGACCCGAACAUAUUUGCAAUCUAUACGUCGACCUCUACACCAACGUUUUGAUCUACGAGGCCACGCACCUCGGCACCGCCUGCGGCAACCACGAAGCACCGGUGAACGUGCUGCAAAUUUUCGAAGUGAAAAUCCCAGACGCGAUUCUGUACGACAACACCACGAUAAAGGGAAAUGCGACUGUGCUGGACCAGGUGCUGAAUCUGAAUGCAGUUGUAGUAGUUCCAUCAGCAAGCAGUGGUGGAGCAUCAAACGCAUCUGCUAUGCACUGCAAAAGUACUUAUCGUUCUCCUAGUACUUGCUACCAUGCUCAUGCAUCAGAAACAUCCCUUUUCAGAUCAAUCAGCAUAUACAAAUUCCGUUUUUCUUCUUGAAAAAGUUUGUGAUGCAAUUUAGACUUGGUACGAAGAUACUUUUGCAAUGCAUAUCUGCAGCCCUGGUACAGCCAGCGGUGUUGAACGUGAGCAGUGACCUGUUGCAGAUCCUGACCAAGGAGCAGACCAGCCUGACCGAGAGUUUGCAGACGGUGCUCGCCAGUUACUUCCACGACCCGCUCGGUUUAUGGGUUGCAAAAGUAUCGUGCUGUUAAGUAGUUGUAAUCGCAUUACAAAUUUUAACUUAGCAUGGUGACAGAAAAAUGGAAGUUGUCAUGUUGAUUUACAUUUACUUGGAUGAGAAAGAGAUCAGAUCUGUCAUGGAUAAUUGCGAUUACUAGCGAGUGGGAGUGCGAUGCUUUUGCAAUGCAUAGUUCCUGAACGCCAGCGAUUUCAAGUUCGAGCACUGGUCACCGGCCGGACCUACUACCGCGUCCUCCGGGACGUCGAGCAGCAACGUCUCAGCAAACGCUUCGGUCAACAUCUCCGCCGGCGUUGCACAAAACCAAACUUACCCCUCGUCGCUCUUGUACGGUUCGAAUCUGUAUGCAUUGCAAAUAUGUCUGGGUCUGAAUCUGGAAGGUGGUAACUUGUCAUGGUAAAUCUGAAGCGUACAAAAAUCUGUGUUGCAUCAGUGCCAAAAGCUGUCCUCUUUCGACCAAGUUCGUUGGGAGGGAGUUUCUCAUGCAGGAUAGGGAUUGCAGAGACCUCGCAGAGUCUGUCAUGCUAGGUCCCGCAUUCCAGACCUCACGGGUCAUAGAAAAUCUGCAUGACAAGUUCCAUUCUUCCAGGCCCAGACAUUUUUGCAUUUGAUAAUCUGGUGUUCAAAUCCUCCAUACCGGAGAUUUUCGCGGCUUACCAUGUGGACAACAGCACGAAUUAUUUCACUGAAGCCGUGCAGGACCCGUCGACGUUGUCGCAACAACAGCUCCAGAACGCCACCACAAACCGGUUUCUCGGCGUGCGCUUCAUAUGCGUUGCAAAUAUGUCUGGGUCUGGAAGAAUCCGCCCGGGUUUGUCAUGCUAGUCUGGUAUGCCACGGAGCUCUGUAUUGCGUGUUUACGAAGAGCUCCUCGUGUCUGUCAUGCAAAAACAUGCUUCUCGUGCGGAAUCCGCAACUACACAGAGCCACGGAAAAAUCUGCCAUGCUUGGCCACGUAUUACACUGCGCUCAUUAUUCCCUGGCUUGCAUCACAAGUUCCAGACCCACCCAGACAUAUUUGCACUUGAUACUUCACCGUACACCACCACGCGAGCUGGAAAGACGACAAAACGCUCAGUCCCGUGUUCAACCCGGAGGAAGCAAUACGCAAAACGCUGACCGAGGCUGCCGUGGACGCGAAUCAAGUGCAGAAGAAUUUCUCCGACGCUGCUUCUGUACUGCUGGCGGCGCAACUGGCUGCUGCUGCGUCUAACUUCUCUCUCGCCUGUACAACCAGCACGAACUGCAGUGGCGUUGCCAAUAUGAUCCACUGCAGAAGUAUCUUCGUACGGGUACUUCUUCUAGUUCUAAUUGCAGUCAUGCAUGACAGAUGGGCUGCUUACGGCUAAAUCAGCAUUACCACAAAUUGGAAGUCGUGGAUUAUGACUAAUGCUUCUGGUAAAAUCUGUAAGGCAAGUAGAAGUAGUAGUAGAAGCACUAAUUACCAGUACGAUGCUUUCGCAAUGCAUACCCAACCAGUCUGGUGUCACAAACAGCACGACUGGGGUACUGCUGUCCUACUUCAACUUCGACAAGAAUCGAGAGGAAGCAGCAGCAUCCAUCGCACCAGCAUCACAAGCUACUGCGGCGAAUGGCACAAGCAACGCGGCGGGAAACAGCAGUGCAAUGGACAACGCGCCAUCGGAGCACGAGUUGCUGCCAACCUACGUGGAAGGGCUGUACAAGGUCGCUAGCUGGUGUUCCGCACAAAUCGUGAACAUGGGCAAUGCACUGCCUGGGGACGACCUGGUAUUGUAUGGAUUACACAUUUCUUUUGUCAUGGAUGCAACCCACGGCGCAUCCGAAACAAAAACAAUGCUGGUGCAGCGUUGUAAAUUCUGUAUGGCGACACAAAUCAAAAAAUGCAAAAAUCGUCAGAUCACCAGCGGGCAUGUCGGGUUGGACUACGAAACCCUGUACGACCCCGAGUCCUCCGCAGCUCAAGCGGACGCUACCCAGAACUCCAACAACGCACUGGCGAACCAAACACUGCAGCGCCAGGCGCGAGCGACCAAGUACGAGCCCUACUUUGACUGGGUGAUUUUCGAGUACCCGUAUGCGUCCCUCUUCCUGAUCAGCACUGCGGUGUUUAUCGUGCUGGCGGCCGCCCAGGUGGUUUUGUCGGGGGUGAGCUCCGAAUUUCAGGAUGCAGGGGCGUGGAAAAAUGUGUUCAAGUUGUGAAACCACGACACAUAAUGGUGUGGUCGUGGUUGAUAAAUUCAAAUUUAGAAAGAUCGGAUAGAACGGAACAUCAACACGGAAAAUAAUGCAGAGCUAGUAGCACUAGCUUGUUUCUGUUUCUGCUACUUACUUGUACGAUGUCGAAGAUGUUGAAGUUGAUGCUGAUGAGUAUCGAAGAUAAAAUAAAGGCCCGCUGAUAGAU